AUGACGAAACAUGAUAAUGAACGAAACUAUAAUCUCGAAGAGAAGAAGAAACGAAUGGCCAUGACGAAGAAUAAGAAGAGGAAUGUUUCAAGGUUGGGUGGAAGUGGACUUUCGCUUGACGCUUUCGCUAAUGCCAAAUCCAAUAACAGUCAAUAUAAUCCAUCUCUCAUAAAGAAGCAAAGGGAGUUAUACAAGAAUGCCAAGAAUGUGCAGAAGUACAAGAAGAUGCUAAAGCAGCAUAACCAGCAUAAUGAUCCCUCGGUGGCCCAAAGACAUGUUGAGAAUUUGAAUGAAACUGAAGCAAACAACAACGACGACAAGAAUGAGAGGAGGAAGAGGAAGAAGGAUAGUGCUUUUAGUUUGGAAGAAUUAUACAAGAAACAGCAUGAAGAAAAAGAGAAAGAAAGAAUGGAGAGGGAAGCAAUUUUCCAAGAAAAGAAAGAACAGAGAGAAAAAGCCGAAGCUCACAGAAAAACUUUACGGCAAAAAAUGCUUAAGAAAACACGAAAAGGACAACCUGUCAUGAAAUACAGAAUUGAACAUCUUUUGGAGACAAUUCAAAGCUCAACUAAAAAUGCAGCUGGCAACUAA